GUCAGUAACAGAAAGGUCAUGUUUUGUAAUUCGUCCAAAAUUUUGUACUUAACGUUAGGAUUUAAAUAAUUUUUAACGCGACUUGCGAACUUGCCAGUAUCAAAAAAUCUGUGAGAGUUAUAGCUAAGACAAACAAUCUGCAAGUCUCAUUAUUAACAUGCUCCUUCUAUGGACCAAAGUAAAGACAUAUUUGGAUUAAAUUCUAAAUGCAGUAUUGAUUUCCAUGAAGUUUUGCGGUUUCCAAAUGAAAAGAGGGUAGUAGCUCGACGUCGUUGGGCAAUUUUGGCAAAAGCCUUAAAGAGCCCCACGGAAAGUCAGCCUUCCAGUCCAACCGAUGAAUUUUCUGUGCGUCGAAUUUCGUCCUUCAUGCUCUUAAAAACGCAAGAACUCACCUCAUUACCUUUAGUCACUAGAGAUAACCAAAAGCAUGACCAAAUUAAGAAAUAUACAUGGUAUAAAUAUUCGAUAUGCAUAAAUGGUAGCGAGUAUUUCAUAAACGUCGGCCAUAGAAACCGCACUUUUUCCGCAGAGGAUUUAAUGGGUUUCAACAACACGGGUAACAUUUGUAUAUGGCCAUCCGAGGAGACUUUAAGCUACUUCGUUUGCUCAAAUUUAGAAAUAUUUAAAGAAAAAAAUGUGAUAGAAUUGGGUGGAGGCAUGUCCUGCCUAGCGGGACUGUUCGCUGCCAAAUACGGCCACGCUAACAGUGUUGUAGUCACCGAUGGUAACAAGGUUUCCAUCGAUAAUGUCCAAGUCACACUCAAAUGCAACACGUUCCUUAGUGAAGUCAGAUGCAGUAUUCUCCAAUGGUCAUCUUGCGAACCCGUCGAUCAGUAUGAUGUUGUGCUCUGUGCUGAUUGCCUGUUCUUCGAUGACGCAAGAACAGAUCUAAUUAACUGUAUUUGGUGUUGUUUGGCCAGCGAUGGUACAGCGUACGUCAUGGCUCCACAAAGAGGUUCCACCUUGGAUAUGUUCAUGAAACAAUCUGAGGAAAAAGGUUUUACGUGUAAAAAGAGAUUAAAUUAUAACGAUGUUGUUUGGGAAAAACGCUUAGCACUUUUGGAUAAUUGUGAUUUUGAUGAUAAUAUUCAUUACCCUAUACUCAUAGAAGUGACCAAAAAAUAAGUGUCCUUAGUAUUUUGCAUAUUAUAUAUUUAUACCUAUCACGAUAAUUUAUGAUUAUUAUUAUAGACGACCAUAUUCCUUAUAUAUAUCUAGUCUGAUAUUUACCUUAUCUGUGAUAAUUAAUACCAAUUUCCUCUGAAUGUUAGUAAUUGUUAGAAAUCCAUACAUUUAUAUCUAUAUAAAUUAUCAAGUAAGUAUAUAAAAUGUUCUAAUAGACUAAAUACCAGCGAUAAUUUGGAAACUACCCGGAUUAUAAUGACAGAAAAUAAUAUAUGAGUUUAUGGAUAGACAAUAUUGUAAAAUUGCACAUUUAGAUUAUUACCCAAGAGGUAUGGUAAAAAAUGUUUCGCUAGAUUAUCAUGUUUUUAAGAUAUGUAUGUGCAUUCCGUUGAAUCAGUUUUUGGUUAACCUUCUUGUAUAAGUGAGACAAAUAUAUCAUUCUCAAGCGCAACAAAAGGCCGUUGAAAAAAAUAGGAAUGACUCUGGAAUAAAAAGAAAUUUUUUUUCUCUGAUUCUGGCCUAGGUUUAGAACUAGAACCUUUAGCCACGUAAUUGUAUAACUUAUCACUAACUCAGGUGUAAUAUGUAGUGUGUGUUGAGUAAGUGUCUUGUUACUUUGCAAAGUCGACGUCAUUGUCUUUGCAAAGAGACGCUAAUUGUAUCCGAACGUCUGCGGUCCCUCCGGUGAGUACCGAUCCCACAAGGACAGAAACUAUUUUCAUUUAUUAAUUUAUAAUAAAUGAAAAAUUCCUGACCCUGGCGGGAUUCGAACUCACUACCAUUCGGAACUUUCGAUCCAAAUUUUAGGAUUAAAAAAAGAAA